AUGGAAGGCAAUCGGGAUGAAGCACAGCGUGCCUUCAAACUCGCCCAGUCCUGCCAAUCGACCGACCCGAUCAAGUCACUCAAGUUUGCCAAGAAAGCCUGCGCGCUGUACUGGAGUCCAGAGGCUGCCGCCCUGGUCAAGACACUCGAGACGGGGGAAGGACCAUCGACGAGCGCCGCCCCAACCGGCUCAUCAACUGCAACCAAAAACACUUCCUCAUCCACCACAUUCACCAAGCGAUCUACCCAACCCUCAACCCCUAGACCAAGCUCCUCGGCUAACAAGAACGAUCCCCCCACCUUCAAGCCUGCCCAACUCGAACUAGUCAAGAAAGUCAGACAGCACAAGAAUACUCAGUACUACGAAAUACUCGAACUCAAACGAGAGGCCAACGAAUCCCAAAUCAAAUCCGCCUAUCGCAAGUUGGCACUUGCUCUACACCCCGACAAGAAUAACGCACCAGGCGCAGAUGAAGCUUUCAAGAUGGUCUCGAAAGCCUUCCAAGUUCUAUCAGACCCUGACAAGCGAGCGGCCUACGAUCGACACGGAGCAGACCCGGACUCAAGAUCAGCAGGAGUACCGACCAGUUCACCCUUUGGAGGCGGAAGAGGAGGAGGAGGAGGGAUGCAUUUCUCGCACGAGGAUGCCAUCGACCCUGACCAACUAUUCAGGAUGUUCUUCGGCGGCGGUGGCUUCGAUCAUCCGGGCAUGCAAUUCGGCGGCGGGCCUACGGUCUUCCAAUUCGGUGGUGGCGGAACUACCUUCCGCAGGACCGGCUUCAACCGUCGCCAGCACCAACAACAGAAUCCAAACGAGCCCGAAGUUCGAACGCCCUCAACCUGGUUCAGCUUGUUACCGAUCAUCCUCUUCUUUGGCGUCUCCCUCAUCCAAUCCUUCCCUUCCCUCUUCUCCUCUCCAUCCACCCCUGAUCCUUCCUUCUCUUGGAACCCGAGCACCGUAUAUCCUAUUCAACGGGUCACCCAAACCUCACAUGGUAUUACUUAUUUCGUCAACCCGGUAGAAUUUGCGACUCAUCCAUUGUGGGAGGAGUAUCUGAAAGCGAACCCGGGAUUGAGCGAAAGUCCAUCGAAGACUACUGGGGAGCAGACGGCGACGGAAGAGAACAAGCGCGCACUGAUCCAAGACCUGGUCACCGAAUCUCGCCAGCUGGUCGAGAAGAGAAAGGCUAAUCAGCGUCACUACCUAGUCGUACCUAAGAACCUGCAGAGGUUCGAACAAGAUAUCGAGAACUCAUGGGUCAGAAAACUGAGGCACGAGUGUCAGAAUGCCAAAGCUCAUCAAGAGGCUCGGAAACGAGAGUUAUCAGGCUUCUUAGGAAUCGGGUCCGUCACUCCACACUAA